AUGACAGACCUCCUUGGCCUGCACUACCCAUCUCCCCCAGCAGGUGGCAGACCUCCGUGGCCUGCACUACCCUUCUCCCCCAGCAGGUGGUGGCAGACCUCCGUGGCCUGCACUACCCUUCUCCCCCAGCAGGUGGUGGCAGACCUCCGUGGCCUGCACUACCCUUCUCCCCCAGCAGGUGGCAGACCUCCGUGGCCUGCACUACCCUUCUCCCCCAGCAGGUGGUGGCAGACCUCCGUGGCCUGCACUACCCUUCUCCCCCAGCAGGUGGCAGACCUCCGUGGCCUGCACUACCCUUCUCCCCCAGCAGGUGGUGGCAGACCUCCGUGGCCUGCACUACCCUUCUCCCCCAGCAGGUGGCAGACCUCCGUGGCCUGCACUACCCUUCUCCCCCAGCAGGUGGUGGCAGACCUCCGUGGCCUGCAGUACCUUUCUCCCCCAGCAGGUGGUGGCAGACCUCCGUGGCCUGCACUACCCUUCUCCCCCAGCAGGUGGCAGACCUCCGUGGCCUGCACUACCCUUCUCCCCCAGCAGGUGGCAGACCUCCGUGGCCUGCAGUACCCUUCUCCCCCAGCAGGUGGUGGCAGACCUCCGUGGCCUGCACUACCCUUCUCCCCCAGCAGGUGGUGGCAGACCUCCGUGGCCUGCAGUACCUUUCUCCCCCAGCAGGUGGUGGCAGACCUCCGUGGCCUGCAGUACCUUUCUCCCCCAGCAGGUGGUGGCAGACCUCCGUGGCCUGCAGUACCUUUCUCCCCCAGCAGGUGGCGGCAGACUCACCUCUCAGCAGUGAGCGGCGGUGAUGACCCAGCGAUCGGAGACAACGGCGCCUCCACAGACGUGCUUCCCUCCCCACUGCAGACUGACCUGCCACGCCCACUCUCCUCUGGACGCCAGGGUCCCGCCUACAAUCCUGUGGGCGGGGCUUAG